AUGUUUUUUUGGGGAAAUUACAACUUUCAGACGCCGACUCUCGUGGAGCACCCGGAGAGGCCGGCGCUGCGCUAUCCGCUUUAUGUCCCUCCCGCCCCCUCUAUGGUGACUGAUGACGGCGCCCACGCCCGCAUGGCCAACGGCGCAGGCGAUGUCGCCGGGGAGACGCUGCGCCGCAUUGAUUCGCGGCACCUCGCAGUAAAAUUCCUGGCGUGUGGACAGAAGCAUCUGGUGGCGGUUUUGAUGCCUGUUGAACACAACCACGAUGCGGCGGUGGCGGCGGCUGGGGCACGCGGUAGUGUAACUGCUGCGGUGGAAGCGACGCCGUCGUCGUCAUUUGUGUCGUGUGACCACGACGGCAAGAAUUGGCUUGUUUACGGCAUGGGGAGCAAUCACAGUGGGCAGCUGGGUCACCGUGUGCCGGAGUACACCACCACGCUUACACGACUUUACGUUGAGGGGCUUUUGUCGGCGGGGACCACCGUCAGUGGCCUCGCCUGCGGCAAUAAACACACACUUGUCUGCAUGUCUGCUGGCGGGGUGUUUGCGUCCGGUGAUAAUAGCUGCGGCCAACUGGGUGUUACCGCGAACGUGAGCGGCUUCGCCCCGGUGGCUGGUCUUGCACACAUCAAGGCGGUGUAUGCGGCAGGCAAUGCAAGUUUUGCUUUAAAUAAUAAGGGCGAAUUAUAUGCAUGGGGCGAGGCACAGUACGGCCAUUUAUGCCACGGCGAUAACGGAGAACGCAUGGAUGCACGCACGCUUCAAACUGUGAAGACAAACGUGAAGGUCCCUACUCUAGUGCAGUGGUUCGUGCGACACCACGUCGUUAUUCUGGAGGUGGCUGCGGCUCGGGGGCACGUCGUCUGUCGCAGCUCGGAUGAAGUCUACACCUGCGGUGAAGGCUACUACGGCAAGCUUGGAACUGGGAAUUUGGCGCCAGCACUUACUCCGCAGCGUGUGCGUUUUCCAGAGCGGGCUCACCCGGAGCGGCUCUGCGGCAUUGCGGCGGGUGACGACCACACACUUGUGUUGCGUGACUCGCCUGUGGUGGGGGCGGUGGUGUACCACUUCGGCAAGAUGGGCAACGGCGACGGUCAACUCACGCCAAUCGUCGUAACGGCCCCGGCGUCCACCACACGCAUCGGCGCGGGGCGCGGUACGAUGUCCACGGCGGUGACGGGCGACGGCCUGCUGUACGUGUGGGGAAAGCAUUCCCAGCCCAAGGUGAGCAACGGCACUCCCGCCGAGGCAAAGCGCGGCAGCGCAGAGAUGGUAGCAGCGCUAACUCCCUUUCUCGUCGCAGACGCAGUCAUCGGUGGAACAUUUGUGGUGGCACUCGCAACCUCUUGCCGCAGACCCGUGGAAGCGGCGCAGACGGCAACAGAACCCACAGCAGCCACGAAUGGAAGCAGCAAUCAGAGUCAUGCCUGGGACGUUAUUGUGCCACACGACGCGCGCGUCGAUGCUCGUGGCACUGAGGGCGCCGGUGCCAAAUACGAAGAGGCAGUAGAAGCAUUUAUUGCGCAGUACUUGGGGCCGUUGCUGGGGCCCAUGUACGUUGCGGACAUGCCGAAGGCCCCACCACCCACCGACCGGCACGCAAACGCGUUUGCCCCCGUGGGGGCGCACGCGCUGACGAUUGGGCAGAAGAUACGACUUUGGAUGACGGACGUCUACGCACUGGGCACCGUCGUUGAGGUGCUGCCGCCACACACGAGUCCCAAGCGCCCCGGCGUGGCGGCCGCGGCCGCCCCAACAGACGCGGCGGAAGAAACUGACUACGACGGAAACGCGGCCCCCACCAAUGGCCCCGGCAACGAAGACAAGAACGACGUGGCUGCUGGAGGGGAGCCAAAGCCCGGCUGCCGACUCCGCGUGGAGUGGCAACGCGACGACUGGCACGAUGAAGUCCUCACGCUCUACUCAGAGGAUGAAACACUCGACCCGCAAAACCCCAAUCGAUGGCAGCCGCUCUGGUUCCUCCCAAACCCCAAUGCAAGCGACGAGUACCUCCUUGGACAGUAA